AUGGACACGGCAAAAGCACAUGUGAGGGACUCGUUGCUGCCCUGGGACAGCCAAGACGCAGCAGAUCGCUCAGCGCAGCCACCUGCUUGUGUACCAACAAACGUGGUGCAAUGCUGGGAUCUUGCAGUUCUUCUCGACGACUUCCCUCUCGCGUUGGUGCAGGCCAGUGCAGCAAUUCGAUUCUUCGGCUUUGCAAUCCACGAUUACUGCGAAGAGUACAGGACUGCAUACAGCAGUUUGCAGAAAGAAGAGGAGGACUCUCUCGAUCCUGGCUACGCAGAUGGGUACAAUCGCUCGGUGCAUGCAACACUGAAGAUCAUCCUGUCAAAGCUUGCCCAGCGAGACAUGGACCACACCUCGGCUUCGGAAAGAGUGUUGGGUGGAGUGGCGUUGCUCGAUGCAGCGAUUAUUCCACACAACCUCCUUUUCGCAUUGGUCGAGGAGAUGUGCCCGGAGCUGACAUCAAAUGUCCAGAAGCUCGGUGUGCUCGGCAAUCUCUGGCGAUGUUCGCUGAUCUCACGCUUGACUGAGGACCUGCUUGAUAAGAGCACGAGCCGGAACUGCCAGCAGGACUACACUGUCCACCGUGUGGUGCAGCAGUUCGUACUCUGUCAGAUGGACCAGAACAGCCGGCAUGAGGCCGUUCAUCGAGUUUCCAAAGUCCUGAACUCGCUCUUGAAGCGCAGCCUGCACGAGUCACCGGAGACGGUGAAAGGCAACAGACUCCUGCUGCCGCACGUCCGGGCACUGACAGCCAGUGAUAAAGACGUGCGAGAGCUACAAGAUCGCGACCCCAUUGUACUGGGAAACUUGCUGUGCCUGGCAGCAGAUUUUUACGUCCAUGAGCAGCGUGACCGCAAGACAGCCAAACAUUUCCUCGACAUGGCAGAUCGCCACCGCCCAUCCGCGACAUCUGAUGCGAUGCUACAGCUUUCAGUAAGGUUGCACGGUUUACAGUGCGUGUUCAAGGAGAACCUUGAGGACAAUGUUGCUGAAGCAGAGAGCCAUUUGUUGCUAGCCUUGCGUCUGUGCCCUUAUCAGUCGCCACUACGGGCAGAGUUACUCCACUUGAAAGGAAACCUGAAGUACAGACAGGAUAAAUUCCGGGAAGCUCAGCGCUACAUGGAGGAGGCACUCGAGAUGAAAAAACAACAUCCAUCCGAUUACAAUCAAGCUUCGCUGGCUUAUUCGGAACAUGGUCUAGGCAAUGUGUAUGCAAAGAUGCACCAGAUCUUCCGAGCAGACACAGCUUAUGCGCACGCAAUUGAAAAGAAGGUUUCCUUCUAUCGCUGCGAGGAUCAUCUGGACGUUGCGCGCAGCCAGUGCAGGCAGGUGAAAAACAUGCUCGAUCAGAGGUUGAUGUCAACAGCCGAGCACACGAAGGCAUUUCAGCUGAUGAUAAACGUGGUAACGGUCUUCGAGAGAGACUUAGACGAAGAGCACUACGAGGUCAUCAAUGCCAAGAGUAUCAAAAGUCGAGUUCAAUCAUUCUUGGUAGCAGAAGCCCCGGCUGCAGCCCCGGCAGGGUCAAGUCUUUGUUACUUGGCCCCUUGCAUCCAUCCCCGUGCAGUUGGCGCACCGCAAAGCCGAUUCUACUCUAAGCUUGCACAAGUGCCACUCCGAGAUCUCGAGUUCAUGAAGGCCUUUGCCCCUUCUGAGAAGUUUCAGAAGCGACUGGCAGACCAGCUAAAGGACAGCUUUCUGCGCCAGGCACAACAGUUCGAGAAGGACGGGCUUCUAAUCUUGCCAUCUUAUUUCCAAGGCUGCCUGGAAAAGUGGCGAGAUUGGUAUCAACACACGAUGGAACGUGUUGGCUCGUCCCAGCCAACGUUGCACAUGCAAACCUUUACGGCAACUUCUCACACGAGUGUUGAGCUGAGCAAUGAUGUGCAGGCUGCCGUUGCGGAUCCCUACCUUCUGGCGCUGCUUGCAUACGCUGCUGGUGGCAACAUUCAGUUGUCAGAUUUCCGUGCAGCGACCACACAUCCAGGUGAAGAUAUUCUAUUUCGUGCCUGGAAAUGGCACCGAGAUGGCGGCAAAGAGCCGGAGUGGAAGUUGAUGGUUCUUCUGGAUGAUGUUGCUCCUGGAGGCAACGAGAUGCACUACCUUAAGGGAUCCAUGCGUCGUUGGAAAGGCUCCCGACAGAAAGAUGCUAACUUUUCCAUGGAAGACGCUUUGCACAUUGCCUCUGGUGGUUCCAAAGUGCUGCCCGGAAUAACACGGUGUUUUGGUCCUGCGGGUACAGUUAUACUUUUUGCAGGACAAGGGCUGCACAGGGCAACACAUUCAGAGCUUGCUGAGCGCAGGGUUGUCACAUUUCGCUUCAAGCGAAAUGUUCCAGGGUUGGCCCGCAUCUAUCCACUGGACGUUGUCAAGCAGGACCAGCUAUGCUCCUCCAACAUAUUGGUCAGAUCUAUCUUGGCUCGUGGCAGCGGUGAGUUGCUGGCCAGCAGUGAGGAAUGCAGAUUCAUCGUCGAGAAAUCGUCGAAGCAAAAGCUGGUUCAAUGUGAGCAAGACACGAGUCCACAAGAGACUGCUUGUUUGCUCGAUGCCUACAAG